AUGCCGUCGCUAAAAUUAAUUGCUGGCAAAAUUUUUUGGGUUUCCCCCCCCUGUAGUAAAGAGAUACAGCUGAAAGCUUCCGGUGAAAAACCGUUAUCAACGUUCUUCACAAAGAAAUCUGAAGUUAAAUGCGAACCAGAGCCUGAAUUACUGAAAUCAUCCAAACAAGAACAUGAUCCCUGCAAUUUGAAGGAAGAACCAGGUUCAGAUGAUGUUGAGCAAAAAGUCAUCGACGAGGAGGAGGAUAGCAAAAAGCCUGAAAUUUCUUAUGUCAAAAGAGGAUUGGAGGAAAUGGAGAACCCUUCUCAACCGAAGCACGAGAAUUUACAAAGCAACCAAACAAGUCCAGUGAAGAAGAAGGUGAAAAGCAUAAAGAAUACAGAUGAUAAGCAAUCAUCUCUGCUUUCUUAUUUUGGGAGAAGUUAGGGCAGCCUCUUAUCGUAGCUCGUUUCGCGCAUGUAAUUAUAUGUGAUGCUUUGCAUUUUCCAUUAAAACACACUUUGCCUUUUGUUUUGGAGAAUACCAAACAUGUUAAGUAGAUCUCUGUUUCAGUCAAAAAAUGAGGUGAACUUUUCUUUUCUU